UUCAUUCUCUCUUUGAAGUGCAAAAUCACAAAAUCCUAAAAUCCAAAAGCAAAAAUAAAAUAAAAUCAACGGAUUAAUAAUUAAUUAAUUCAAUAUUUUCAAAAAAAUAAAUAAAUUGAAAAGCUUGUAUAAAUCCUAAUCUUUCUCGAAGGAUUAGUCUGCGAAAUGUCGUUCGAUCUUCUGUUAAAGCCGUCGUGUAGCGGCUGCGGCAGCACCACAGAUUUGUACGGAAGCAAUUGUAAGCACAUGACGCUUUGCUUGAAUUGCGGAAAAACAAUGGCGGAGAAUCGCGGCAAAUGCUUCGAUUGUGGCACUACUGUCACUCGCUUGAUUCGAGAGUAUAAUGUUAGGGCGAGUACGAGUAGCGACAAGAAUUAUUUUAUAGGAAGAUUCGUGACAGGAUUGCCAGGUUUUUCCAAGAAAAAAAAUGCGGAAAAUAAAUGGUCUUUGCACAAAGAAGGAAUCCUUGGUCGUCAGAUUACUGAUGCUUUGAGGGAGAAGUUUAAGAAUAAGCCUUGGCAAUUGGAGGAUGAGACUGGGCAGUCUCAGUAUCAGGGUCAUCUUGAAGGGUCGCAAUCGGCGACUUAUUAUCUGUUGAUGAUGACUGGGAAAGAGUUUGUUGCUAUUCCUGCUGGUUCAUGGUACAACUUUAACAAGGUAGCGCAUUAUAAGCAACUUACGUUGGAGGAAGCAGAGGAGAAGAUGAAGAAUAGGAGGAAGACUGCGGAUGGGUAUGAAAGGUGGAUGAUGAAAGCUGCAAAUAAUGGAGCUGCUGCAUUUGGUGAGGUGGAGAAGGUAGAUGAUAAGGAGGGUGUUUCAGCUGGCGGGAGAGGUGGGCGUCGGAAAGCAAGUGGUGAUGAUGAUGAGGGAAAUGUGUCUGACAGGGGUGAGGAAGAUGAGGAGGAGGAGGCAGGAAGGAAGAGUAGACUCGGACUCAAUAAACAGGGUGGUGAUGAUGAUGAAGAAGGUCCAAGAGGAGGUGAUCUUGAUAUGGAUGAUGAUGAUAUUGAGAAGGGUGAUGAUUGGGAGCAUGAAGAAAUUUUCACCGAUGAUGAUGAAGCUGUUGCCAUUGAUCCUGAGGAACGGGAGGAUUUGGCCCCAGAAGUUCCUGCUCCUCCUGAAAUCAAGCAGGAUGAAGAUGAUGAGGAUGAGGAGAAUGAGGAGGGAGGACUGAGUAAAUCUGGGAAAGAGUUGAAGAAGCUACUAGGGAAAGCAAAUGGUCUAAACGAGUCAGAUGUAGAAGAUGACGACGACGACGAGGAUAUGGAUGAUGAUAUUUCUCCUGUACUGGCUCCAAAGCAGAAGGAUGUUGUGCCGAAGGAGGAAGCUGCUGACAAUAGUCCUGCAAAACCAACACCUUCAGGUUCUGCUAAGGGAACCCCUUCUACCUCCAAGUCUGCCAAGGGGAAAAGAAAAUUGAAUGGUGAAGAUGCAAAAUCUUCUAAUGGUGCACCUGUGAAGAAGGUGAAGACAGAAAAUGAAGUAAAACCUGCCGUGAAAGAAGAAAGCUCGCCUGCUACUAAAGGUACUGCAACUCCUAAAGUAACACCGCCAUCAUCAAAAACGGGGUCAACAUCAGGUUCUACUGGUCCUGUCACUGAAGAAGAGAUCAGGGCUGUUCUGUUGCAAAAUGGGCCUGUUACCACACAGGAUCUGGUUGCUAGGUUUAAAUCACGACUAAGGACUCCUGAGGACAAGAAAGCUUUUGCAGAUAUUCUGAGGAGAAUUUCUAAGAUUCAAAAGACCAGUGGAUCUAACUAUGUUGUGCUGAGGGACAAAUGAUAGCUUUCUCUGUGUUCCCAGAAUUUCACUUGCUCAGAUUAGCCCAUGAAACCGCUAACUAUCCUGUAAGUCUAUAACUGUGCUUGCUAAAAAAGAAAAUAAAAGAAGGAAAAGAAUCCCUUUAGCCUUCUGUAACUAAUAUCCUUGUAACUUUGCUGCAGAAAAUCUAAUGAUGAAAUUGUAAAAUGUUUACUGUAGUAAAAUGUACUUGUGAAAUGUAGUGUACACUGACUGUGUAUUUUGUUUGGAGGCUGCUAGAUGUAUUCAUUAACUCAAACAAUAUGCUAGAAACUGAUGCAUCCUGGUCUCAAUUGAUGUGUUCCUAAUUUCAAGCAAAUGAUUUUCCUUCGA